AUGGUUCGUCAUAUAGGGAUUGUAGAGGCAAUCGGUGGUGUAGAGCUCGAUUUGGUAGUCAGCAAGAGAAUGGAUGACAUUUGGAGCCAGGCUACGUCGUCGGUUGGGGUUGAUGGUGCUCCGUGCGAUAAAUCGGCAGUGGUGAAAGCUACAACGGAUGAGCUUAGAAAAAUCGAUUCGGAGGCGUUGGAAGCUGAUCCCUGGGCUAAGCUCGUACUUCUCAUGGCCGAUAAUAGGCCGGGGGAGGAGGAAUUGGUAGCGUUUAGAGAGUUGCUCGAGACUGUGGGGGAUAUAAACGACGUGGCGCGGACCGGUGUGGCAUUGAUUCACUAUGCUAUUGUCUACGAUCAUGCUCCGUACAUCGAGCUGCUUCAUCAGCAAAGCAAGCAGCCUAUUUUGAAUCUUUUAGACUCGUUGGUAGGAUAUACGCCGCUGAUGUGGUGCGUCCAGCUCAACCGGCAGGACUGUUGUGUGGAGCUCUUCUCCUUCAUCGACGAAAUAGACUUUGGCAAACGCAGCAGUGAUGGUCUGAAAGCCGCGGAUAUGGUGGUACCAGGAUCUGCAAUGGCAGCAUUUCUGGAUCAGAAUAAUUUCUCACAGUACGAACGUGGAUCCUCCGGUCCAGUACAUUUACCAAUGGAUGGGCUGAGCUUAAAUGCAGUAUCUGCGAAACUUGAUAGAAGCGAUAAUAUUGGCGCAUUUGGGGAGUUCGAGGAGUUUGAGUUCGACAAAAUCUCUAAGAACCAGUACUUGGAACUGGCAGAUUACGAUAUCCCCCAGAUACUGGAUUUACUGAUAUCGUUAUCAAGAACGCACCAGCAUGUCACCACAUACCCUGCAGCUCUGCUUUUCCAAUGCAUUAGGUAUGCAGAUCACAAACUAGCGUCUGCUCCGCUAGUGGAGUCCCUGAUUCACCUCUCUUUGACGCGGAUUAUAGCGACAGCCUCUGUGGAAGUGAACCCCGAGAGUGAAUCACAGGGUGACAUCGUGACUCAAUCUUACUGGCUGAGCGCAGUAUCGUUUUUGUACUACUACCUCUGCAGAGAUGAGGGGUUCUUCAAGAAAUACCCUUCUGCCCUGCAAGAUAUUGUCAAUACUCUGCAUACGCUGAUGACAGAAAUAGUCUCGGCAACUCAUUCAAGAUUGGUGCCGUUGAUGGAGCCAACUCUGCUGUCAUACACCACAAUUGAAGAUGUCAAACAAACACUAUACAAGAGAGACUGGAAUUUCUUCAAGAAGAGAAAACAAGCGAAGCAAUUAGCGCUGUUGGAAAAAAAGAGGAAUGACCCACGAUUUUAUGAUGACGAAGUAUUGAGACACUUAUAUCCGCCCUCUCUUGAAGAGCAGAUGAAACUCUCACCUAUGAAGAUCGUACAAAUAUUCGGUGCUUUGUCCUACGUACUCGAUCUGCACCAAAUACAUCCUCUAUUCCAGCAACAAUGCUUAUCCACGGUUAUCAACUGGUUUUCUUCGACACUUUUCAAUAAGAUUAUGAAAGAUAAGAAAAAAAAAGCGUUGUCGAGGGCUCAUGCCAUUCAGAUAAGGCUAAAUUUAUCCAGUUUGGAAACAUGGAUUCGUAAUAACGACUUGACAGUGCCUAAACCGGUGCUUAUAGACAACUUUUUGUGGCAAAGAUUUCCAUUUACUUUAGUUUGCGAUCUCAAUAACAUUGAUCUUUCCAAUCCUCCUAUAAGGAACGUUGCGACUUAUAGACCAGUUGACACCGAUCCCUCAACUGACGAUGUUCCGAUUGUGUCAGAUACCUCGAACUCCUUAUUCUAUUACCAACCUUUUCAUGAAAUUACGAAAAUUCAUUUAGAUCCGGUCUUGCAGCUUUUGCAAUGGCUGCAAAUUGCCACAACUUUGACGAAUGAGGAGUCUUUGGAUACAACCCUGGCACUUUUACCGCGUUUAAAUCCUGUUCAGCUGCUGAAAUCGAUAGAUAAGUACAACUAUGAGGUUGACGAGAGUAAGUUUAACUCUUCGCUGAGGAAAAAAAUAUCAAACGCGGCGAAAAGCCGAGCCGCAAAGGAAGAAGCAUAUUUACCAGAGCGACAGUCACCUGCUUUGGUGCUGCCAACGGUCGCUGAACUGACUGAUGCUUACUCUCGAAGUAGUAAUAGUAGAUCCUUCCAACCUCUACUACCAAUGGACAUUCAGGACUCAGUAUACGAGAUUCAUGAAGAGAACUCAUCGCUGCGCAGAACCGAUAGCUCAUAUAAUCUCAAUGGAUCAAAGACGGACGAACAAGACGAUGCUGAACAAGAGCUGAAAUAUUCAAGUAAUGGCAAUCAGCAGGACGGACAUAAAGCUGAUGAAUAUUUCAAGGAAUUGGAUACGCCGCUGGCAUCUGUCCAACGCCCUGCCUGGGCGGCUGAUGAUGAGAUAGAGGCCAAUCCUUGGUGA